ACUUCUGUGCAAAAUGAAGACCAAAAUAUGCAAAACGCACACCCUCAUUAUAACCCUCCUCUUUUCAUUGUUUGUGCAAGUUCUUGUCUCAAUGAUGAUGCAACUUCUCAAUGCUACAGCACAAGCAUUUAUUGCAUACUUCAGCUUCAAACUCGCUGAUCAUACUUGCAAGCAAGCCCCCAUCCAAUAGCAAUGCCACCUCAAAUCCCCUCACAUAAUGAUCAUACCAACUUUUUGACAUCUCCAACUCCUUCACUAUUUAUUUCUACUCUCAUUGCUUUGAGUGCUUCAAGUGCUCUCUUCAUGUGUGGACUUUAAGCUUUAAAGGGUACUCUUAAGUUGUUUGCGAUAUUUGCUUUGUUAAUGUGCUGUGGUGUGUGUUGUUGUUGAGAGUUGGAGAAAGAAUGGGAAGAACACCAUGUUGUGACAAGAAGGGUUUGAAGAAAGGACCUUGGACAGCUGAAGAGGAUGAAAUUCUUGCUAGUUUUAUCAAGAAAAAUGGUGGUCAUGGAAGCUGGCGUUCUCUUCCCAGGAUGGCAGGUCUUCUUCGCUGUGGCAAGAGUUGCAGACUUAGGUGGACAAACUAUCUCAGGCCUGACAUCAAGCGUGGUCCCUUUACUCUUGAGGAAGAAAAACUAGUCAUACAGCUUCAUGGCAUCCUAGGAAAUAGGUGGGCUGCAAUAGCCUCUCAGUUGCCAGGAAGAACAGACAAUGAGAUAAAGAACUUAUGGAACACCCACUUGAAGAAGCGUCUCAAAAGCAUGGGGCUUGACCCCAAAACCCACGAGCCAUUAGCCUCAUCAUCUUACCCUUUCCACAAGGCACCUGCAUCAGUAUCCACGCGCCACAUGGCUCAGUGGGAGAGUGCUAGGCUCGAAGCCGAGGCCAGGCUCUCGAACGAGUCCUCAAGGUUAACCAAUCAUAGUUCCCUUGCGGAUAUUAACAAAACCACUGACUCUGACUACUUCCUCCGCAUUUGGAACUCUGAAGUUGGAGAAGCAUUUCGCAAUGUUCGCCACAAAGGUGAAAACAAAGUCACUAGCUCCUGCCACAGUCCUCUCUCUGCAGGAUCAUCUUCCAACAAGUGUGAGUCUGUUGCAACAAAUGCAGAGUUGGCUUCUAAUGCACAAGACACACCUGAAAACACUAUGAAGGAAGAGUUGGAGUGGAGGACUCGAGGAUCCGACUCGUCGAGCUCUAAUGACAUGGAAGAUUCAUCAGACACUGCCUUGCAGCUCUUGUUAGAUUUUCCUAUAAACAAUGACAUGAGCUUCUUGGAAGAAAACUCUUUUGUUUGUCCACUUUAGCAUGAAUUUUGCAGUGAAUAGUGCAUGUGCAUGUCCAAUGUGUUUGUCUGAUGAACAUGUUGUGUCAUGCAGCUUUUGGUUUGGUGUUUUGUAAUAUUGCUAUCUAAGCCAUUAAAGGAGUAGUAGAAUGGGAUGACUUGGUAAUUGGCUGGAUAUAUUUAUAUAUAUAUAUAUAUAUAUAUGGUAGCUAUUAAUCAGCAUAGGUGUGACAUUGAAGAUUUUUUAUAGUUAUGUCCUAUUGCAAUAUAGUAAAUGUUAAUUACACUUCGAUUUUGUUUU